GUUUUGAUAAGAUAGCUACAAUGAAUCAUAAACUUUUCUGUGUUCAUUUCCUUCUCUUGAUUUUGAGUGUAUGGUACAUACAAGGACAAGAUGCUGAUGGGGCACCAGCACCAGAAGGUGGUACAGGUGGAGAACCGGCACCAGCAGAAGGGGGAGCACCUGCCCCAGCACCAGCAGAAGGUGUAGCACCAGCACCUGCAGAAGGCGGUGCACCAGCUCCAGCACCAGCAGAAGGUGAAGCACCUGCACCUGCAGAAGGCGGUGCACCAGCUCCAGCACCAGCAGAAGGAGCAGAACCAGCGCCAGCAGAUGGUGGGGUCCCUGCACUAGCACCAGCAGAAGGUGGGGCCCCUGCACCAGCACCAGCAGAAGGUGGGGCCCCUGCACCAGCACCAGCAGAAGGUGGGGCCCCUGCACCAGCACCAGCAGAAGGUGGGGCCCCUGCACCAGCACCAGCAGAAGGUGGGGCCCCUGCACCAGCACCAGCAGAAGGUGGGGCUCCUGCACCAGCAGAAGGUGGAGCUCCUGCACCAGCACCAGCAGAAGGUGAGGCUCCUGCACCAGCACCAGCAGAAGGUGAGGCUCCUACACCAGCAACAGCAGAAGGUGAGGCUCCUGCACCAGCACCAGCAGAAGGUGAGGCCCCUGCACCAGCAGAAGGUGAGGCUUCUGCACCAGCAGAAGGUGAGGCUCCUGCACCAGCACCAGCAGAAGUUGAGGCUCCUGCACCAGCACCAGCAGAAGGUGAGGCUCCUGCACCAGCACCAGCAGAAGGUGAGGCCCCUGCACCAGCACCAGCAGAAGGUGAGGCCCCUGCACCAGCACCAGCAGAAGGUGAGGCUCCUGCACCAGCACCAGCAGAAGGUGAGGCACCAGCACCAGCACCAGCACCAGCAGAAGGUGAGGCCCCUGCACCAGCACCAGCAGAAGGUGAGGCCCCUGCACCAGCACCAGCAGAAGGUGAGGCUCCUGCACCAGCACCAGCAGAAGGUGAGGCCCCUGCACCAGCACCAGCAGAAGGUGAGGCACCAGCACCAGCACCAGCAGAAGGUGAGGCCCCUGCACCAGCACCAGCAGAAGGUGAGGCUCCUGCACCAGCACCAGCAGAAGGUGGGGCACCAUCUCCAGCAGAAGGUGGGGCUCCUGCACCAGCCCCAGCAGAAGGUGGGGCUCCUGCACCAGCACCAGCAGAAGGUGGGGCUCCUGCACCAGCACCAGUUGAAGUUGGUCCGAAGACAGAAGAUUGCAAGGGGGAUCCCUUUAAGAGAACAGACUGUGGAUAUCCAGGAAUAACAGAGGGACAAUGCAAAGCAAAGGGCUGUUGCUUUGAUUCCAGCAUUGUUGGGGUUAAAUGGUGCUUCUUUCCUCGCACAGCUCGUGCCCAGUGUUUAUUCAGCCCCGGAGACAGGGAGGACUGUGGUUAUUCAAGCAUUACACCCAUGGAAUGCAUGAAACGCGGGUGCUGUUUUGAUGCCAGUAUUACUGGGGUGAAAUGGUGUUUCCACCAAAAAUAAAUGAUCUUCAUUGAAUAAGGACUUUGCCUCCCCCAUAACUGGGAUGCUCUAGCAGUUCUUGCACAACAAGUCCCAUGAUGCACCAGUUAUCAUCUAAUAUGUAUAAGCCUCAAAAAAAGAGAGAGAAUGAGAAAUAAAGAAUUUUAACAGCACCAAUAAA